AAAAAUUUCAGUGAAAAUGUUAAAAAUAUUGUGGUUUACUUUGCUUUCCUAUCAAUUAACAAUUGUCCUGGCUACGGACUAUGAACUUUUAUUGGAGGAUCCGGAUAUAUUUUCACCCUGCACAGAAGGUGUUCCCGGUUCUGUUGGCAUAGGUGAAAUAUUUGAUUUAUCUCAAAUCGAAUACAAUCAAGAUUCGGAUGUAAUACACGUUUCGGGCAAUGCCACAACAACUUGGGACAUUCAACCCACCGAUCGCAUUGCGGGAAGCUUUGCCAUAUUCCACAAUGAGAGAGGAAAUUGGGAGCCGACAGUUUUCAGCAUGUCCACACAGGAUUUCUGUAGUUCUAUGUAUAAUGCCGAUUCCUAUUGGUAUAAGAGUUGGACAAAGCACAUUCUAAAUAAAAAUGAUGUUCAAUCAAAGUGCCUGAAUACACCAGGUACCUUACUGGUUCAUGAGCCUUUUGAUGUCCAACUAAUUAUAUAUAAUGUACGUGGCUCUGCCCAAGGACGUUAUAAGGUGGUUGUCACUUUGGAGGCGUUCGAUGAGAAGAAUAUGCGACGUGAAACAAGCCUUUGCUUUGAAAUUCGUGGUGAAGUGGAAAAGUUAAAAAAGAAAAAAUGAAUCGUAUUAAUCUUGAUUGAAAAUCCCUAAGGGCAAAUAUAUAUGUAUAUUUUUGUU